AUGUAUAAUAUUGCUUUGUAUUCGCUUCUCUAUCUUGCCCUGGCCUCCUGUUCGAACGCAUUGCCUGGAGCCGUGUCGCAGAUUCAGAAGAAAGGUCCAUGCUCUGGAAAUACACCAUCUACUCGAGACCAAUGGUGUGGAUAUGAUAUCCACAGCGACUACUAUUCUGUCAUUCCCGAUACGGGGGUCACACGAGAAUAUUGGCUUGAGAUCAGUGAAAUCAUCUUCGCUCCAGAUGGAGUCCCUAGGUUCGCCCAAGCCAUCAACGGAACAGUACCUGGCCCGACUAUCUUUGCAGACUGGGGCGAUAACGUUGUCGUUCACUUGACGAGCAACCUGAAGACUUCGACCAAUGGCUCAUCCUUCCACUUCCACGGCACUCAUCAGAACUACACGAACCCUCAGGAUGGCGUCGUUGCUGUUACACAGUGUCCUGUGGCUCCUGGGUCUUCAACAACAUACAGGUGGCGGGCUACUCAGUACGGAACUUCGUGGUAUCACUCGCAUUUUGGUCUUCAAACUUAUGAUGGUGUCUAUGGCGGCUUGAUCAUCCGUGGCCCAGCAAGCGCCAACUACGACGAGGACGUGGGAACCAUUAUGCUGAGUGAUUGGUCUCACCAAACUGUCAACCAGAUCCUACCCGAAGUUCAGAGAAAGGGCCCUGCGUUGAUGGACAAUGUGCUCAUCAACGGUACCAACACGUACGGGAAAGAAGGUCACAAGAAUCAGACCGGUGAAAGGUUCAGACUGGACUUUCAGGAGGGCAAGACAUACCGGCUUCGUCUCGUCAAUACUGGCAUCGAUACGCUCUACAAAUUCUCUAUUGACCAUCAUACUCUCCAAGUUGUUUCUGUGGAUUUUGUUUCUAUCGAGCCAUACGAGACCGACCAUGUGAGCAUCGCAAUCGGUGAACGCAUGGAUAUUCUUGUUACCGCCAACCAAGCCUCAAAGGCAUCUGCCUUUUGGCUCCGUGCUAUCCCCCAGCUCGACUGCACCAAAAACGCCAAUCCACAAAACGCUCUCGGCAUUGUGUCUUACUCAUCCAACAGUUCGACGCCCACAACGAAAGGACGAAAAUUUGAGGAUCACUGCGAAGACGAACCCUAUGAGAGCAUCGUACCUGUCGUUCCCCAUAUUGUCGGCCCCCCUGACACCGAAGUCGUUGAGAAUGCCAACCGGUCUUGGAACUCGGACGGCAUUAUCAAGUGGUCCCUCAACAGUACUACCAUGAUUGCUGAAUGGAACCACCCUUCACUCCUCAAACUCGGCACCAACACCUCGUUUACCGAUUCAAAUGCUGUGAUUCGCAUUCCAAAGAAGGACGCAUGGGUCUACCUCGCUAUCGAGACGGAACUUGACAUCUCUCAUCCGAUUCACCUUCAUGGUUUCGAUUACCAUAUUCUCGCCCAGGGUGUCGGACCAUACGGUCCCAAUGUCACCCUCAAAACGGAGAACCCGCCACGUCGUGAUACUGCCCUAUUGCCUGCGAAAGGGCACUUGGUUAUCGCUUUUCUUACCGAUAAUCCUGGCGUGUGGCUCAUGCACUGUCAUAUAGGAUGGCAUGCUGCCGAAGGCUUUUCACUACAGUUUGUUGUACGAGAAGACGAAAUCCCGGCACUGGUAUCGGAUCAGGAAUACGAGGAGAUUGAAAAAGGCUGUAAGGCAUGGAAUGAUUUCUCGCACGGAAUGGAGAUGGAGCAAGAUGACUCAGGGAUCUGA